AUGUCGCUGGUCGGCGUGAAGGCGCUCCGACUGGAGCUGGUGCACCACGUGGAGAGGGCCGCGCUGAACACAAGGGAGGCGUCGACCGUGGGUCGUGGCGUCGGAACUGGAAUCACUCUGGGUGGGGAGGACGAGGAUGCUACAGCGGGGUCGCACUCUGGCGAGCCCGGCCCCACAGAUGGCGGCGAGGAGGAGCACGAGAGGGAGGACGAGGAGAGGGGCGAGGAGCAGGACGGUGGCUUGGACGAGGAGGAGGAGGACGAGGAGCGUGAGGACGACGACGUGAUGGUCACCGGCGAAGAGGAGGCAGUACAGUUCGCCGGUGAGAAGGUUGCGGAUAAGAGCGGUGGCAGCGGACCCAAGUCGGGCAAGAAGGCGUGGGGCAGCGGUGGCUCAACCACGACUAGGAUGGUGUCAAAGGCGGGUAUUGAGCGUAUGAAGGCGGCGGAGAGGGAAAACAAGAAGCUGAGGGAGGAGAAGCUGGUGGCGGAGAAGAGGCUGGAGUUCCAGACGGCCCGGAUUGACACGCUAUUUGGCGUGGUCACCUCGGCCCUGAACAAGCUCACGACUGUCGCCGACUCCGUGACCUCUCACGAGCAGACGUCGGGGAGGAGCCUCCAAACGGCGGUGGCCGCUAUGAGGGAGGUCGUGCAGGAGGCGGUGAACUAUCGUGGCUCCACCCUAGAAUUCAUGAACGCAAAGUGGCUGCCCACCGUACAGGCCCUGCACUUGACGGCUUUUGCUGCAAACACUAGGCGACGGGAAGACGACGUCCUGCUAUUGCGAGGUGUGGCAGAUGCUCUGGGCGAGAAGAUCAAAACAGCCGUAUCUGCUGAGGUGAAGGCCGCCAUGGAGAGCAAGGCGCAGGGGAUCGCCGCCGCCGUGACUGCGAAAGUCGUCCAAGAGCUUAGGGACGACCUGGUGAAGGCGGUCAUGCGGGAGAAACUAAAAGCAGCAGCUCCCACUGUGGGAGCGCAACAGGGUACACCCGCCGCCUCGUCUACACCUGGGGAGGACCCUAGCGCGACUGGCGCCAAAUCCCCCUCGGCCACAACCGGUGAGGUCGGCGACGGGAAGCAAACGCGCAAGGGCAAGGCGAAACUCGGCCCUUCCAAGGCGACGUCUAAAGCGGUCAUGCAGGGUCGGAAGGGUUCGGGCGUCCGCGUUGACAAGGAGACGGGGCUGGCCACGUCGGAGAUGAAGUUUGGGAAGAAGAGUCGUUACAUUUGCAAGUCAAUGGACAAGUCUGAGGCCGCCUACUACAUCGCGGUCGCCGUUUCAUCGUUCGACGGCUACGUGAGCGAUCUGAUUCUCGCCGAGUUCGUUGGUGUCAAGGAGUAUGUGAUGGAGCAGUAUAAGUCGGACUGGAAUGUGGUGCGAUUGAUUUCGAGCGACAUGUGGACGAUCAUGUUCCAAGAGGUGGUCGCGGAGUACAACAGGAUAACCGCCGCCGACCGCGCAGCUCUCAUGGUGGCUCUUCGUCCGGCGGUGUGGUUCGGCGACCUUUCGGAGUCGACCAAGCCUGAGAAGGCCGCAAAGAAUAUGGUGGCGAGCGACAUGAUCACACGUGCUUUGAUGUGUGCCGCCUUCGCACCUGUGGCCGCGAAAGUCACGCCCAUCCCGGGCGUCGAGUCGGAACGGUUAUCCGAGAUCCUGGCCGGGACUGCGUGCGCGGUGUGGUGCUUUUCGGAAACCAAUGCCUCGGCGGAAGUAGCGGCCGGCGAAGGGGGGGCGGCAGCGACUGUGCGCGGAGCGUCCUCCGAGUUUGCGAGUCGGUGUAAGAGCGUCAUCGAGGUGGUGCUUCAACGAGCGUCGUCCCGGGAGGUCGUCGUAGGAGAGGUCGUCGGCAUGGUGACAAAGGAUCUGCAAGGCGCUGUGCUGAGGUCGCUGCCUGAGGACGGGGACGAGCGCGACCACGACGAGCUGAUCGCCUGUGUCAUGUUCGAGAACCUCGCUUUCUGGGGGGACUGCUGUGUCGGUGGCCCUAAACUCAAAGCUCACGGCAUAGUUUUGCCUAUUGACGCCGACAUGAAGACGAUCGUUCGGAACAGGGGGGCGAGGGGGCAGCACAAAGGGAAGCAGGCGACUAACGCCUAG